AUGGCUUUGAUUGUGGACCAGCAAUCAAGCUUCAAACACUUUUGUAAAAUUUGCAAGAAAGGAUUUGGGUGUGGUAGAGCGCUAGGAGGGCACAUGAGGGCACAUGGAAUAGGGGAUGAAGGUCACAUCGACGACGACGAUCCUCCGAGCGAUUGGGAGGACAAACUCGGCGGCAAUGUUCCAUCAACCAACAAGUGCAUGUAUGCCCUAAGAACAAACCCUAAUCGCCUAAAGAGCUGCCGGGUUUGUGAGAAUUGCGGCAAAGAGUUCUUGUCUUGGAAAUCUUUCCUUGAACAUGGAAAAUGUAAUAGCUCCAUAGAUGCCGAACCCCUCAUGUCCUCCCCGGGCUCCGAUGGGGAGGAGGGGGCCAGCGGUCGGAGAGGAUGUGGGUGGUCGAAAAGGAAGAGAUCGAUGAGAGCCAAAGUGGGCAAUUUCAAUUCACACUGCCCAUCAAAUGAGGAAGAAGACCUUGCGAAUUGCUUAAUGAUGUUGUCCAAUGCCACGGUUGAUCCUAUGGAGGCUGAGCCGGAGGAGUCUUGUGCUUCAGCUAGCAAAGAAGAGGAAAGAAGAGACCCUAUGAACAUCAUGGCUCCUAUGUCACGUGGGGUGGCCAUAGACAACAAUAAGGCCAAAGGGGUCGCCAACAAAGGCUUGUUUGAGUGCAAAGCAUGCAAGAAAGUGUUCAAUUCCCACCAAGCCUUGGGAGGUCAUAGGGCUAGCCACAAGAAGGUUAAAGGGUGCUUUGCCGCCCGGCUCGAUCACCUCGAAGAUAGUAUGGCCGACGAUGAUGUCAUCACACAUGAAGAAUUCUUCCCCAAUAAACCUAAUUCAACCCUACAAUUCGACCACGGCUCUAACACCCCAUCAGCCUAUACCUCGAAGAGAAAAGCGAAGGUGCACGAAUGUUCGAUAUGCCACCGGGUUUUCUCUUCCGGGCAGGCAUUGGGCGGACACAAGAGGUGCCAUUGGAUCACGUCCAACGCCGCGACAGACACGUCUACAUUAGCCAAGUUCCAUGAGUUUCAAGAAAGUUUGGAGCAGCAAAUGAUGAACCAAAGGCCUAAGUUUGAUGGUUCUUCGGAUCCACUUGAUCUGAAGCUUGAUCUUAACCUUCCAGCUCCGGCAGAUGAGAAUGGUGGAGGAAGAAGAGAACGUCCCAAUCAAUCAAGCUUGGAAGUCUCGACAGAUUUCUUUUUACUACCAUGGAUUGGGACAAAAGAGGAGGACAAUCCCCAUCUUCACUCCUCCCACCAAAACGACAAUGACAACAUUAACAACGACGACAACAAUAACAACAACAACAAUACAAAUAAUAAUAACACUAGUAAUGAUUUUUCAAUGCAGAAUGUGGUUGAUGAAGCAGACAGUAAGGUGAAGUUAGCAAAGCUAAGUGAACUAAAGGAUAUCAAUACCAGUGGGGGCUCCUCACCAUGGUUGCAGGUGGGGCUUGGUUCAACAACUGAUGUUGGAGCUGAACCAUAA